UCAAGGAUAUAAGAUUAACUCAGUUUUAUAUUUUCUCUGCGCGAUGCCCGAAGAUGGUCGACAUCUUUUCAGGACACAGUAUAUUAUUACGAGUCAAUAACGCGAUGAUGUCAAAAAAUAUAGCAGUACUGUCGUUAUUCGUCUUGCUUGCAAGCGUUUUCGGUUCCGAUGGACGUUCUUCCGCGGGAGCCGUCGAGCCGGACGAAAUGGACGUUUACCGACUGCCAGGUGAUACGAUCCCGGUCUCGUAUAAUUUGAAUAUUAUGCCGGAUUAUAAUUACUUUACGGACGCCGUUGACUUCGACGGGGAGGUAGAGAUUGUGAUCGACGUAAAAUCGAACACUUCGACGAUAACGCUGAACUGCAAUGAUAUUCUGAUUUACGUGGUAUAUGUGCACGAAGAAAUAGAGAAAUACGACGUUGAUGUAAUGGAAGUCUGCAACGACACCCAAAAUGAGCAAUGCAACAUUUUGUUAAAAUCCCAACUGAAAGUGGGAAUUCAAUACGUGGUAAGCAUCGAAUAUCACGUGCACAUGCAAGUAAACAACAUGGAAGGAUUUUACAAAAGUACAUACAACAAUAAGAACAAUCAUAAAGAAUGGUUGCUCUUGACAUAUUUCGAACCGACCGGGGCAAGGAGAAUAUUACCGUGUUACGAUGAACCGUCGUACAAAACGCCUUUCAACAUAACGCUGACAAGACCGUUUAACAAAUCGUCACGGUCCAACAUGCCGAUUUACAAGAGUUAUUACGAUAAAUCCUGGAAAGAGAUGCGCGACGUUUUCGUCGAGACUCCGCCGAUCUCCACACACAUGAUCGCGUUUGUCGUCAGCGGAUUUAACUGGAUGACGAAUGGCAGCGUAGCCGGUAGUAGUCCCGUAUACGUUUUCUCAGACGCCGACCGCUCGGACCAGUUGCAGUACGUCUCCGGCGAGGCGCCAAAGCUGCUGGCGGCCAUGGAGAGGUUCACGGAAGUGCAGUACGACCUACCCAAACUCGAUUUGUUCGCCGUACCGGAUUUCAAGUCGGACGCCAUGGGCAACUGGGGGUUGAACACAUUUCGUGAAAAAUAUUUGUUAUUGGAUGAAAAUUCCAGCGCCAAAGCCAAUGAAUCCGGGCUAUCGAUGGUUCAGCGAGAGGUGGCUCGUCAGUGGUUCGGCAACCUGGUCACGUGUUCCUGGUGGGACUACCUUUGGCUGCACGAUGCGUUUGCUGCGUACUUUCAGUACUUUUCCAUAGACUUGGUUUAUCCAGAUUGGAGGAUGAGCCAGAUGUUUGUGGUUGAACGGCAUCAGCGGGCUUUGGAGUAUGAUCAAACGCCCAGGCGUCCGAUUACAACGUUUGUGCACACUCCACAUGACAUUAAUGACGCGUUUUACGACCAAACUUACGACAAGGCCGCAGCCUUCUUGCGAAUGUUGAAAUACACUACCAACGACACUAUAUUCCAACAGUCGUUGGUCCGAUAUUUGAAACAGAACAAGUACGUGUCGGCGGAUCCCGAUGUGUUAUUUGCGGCAUUCGAGUACACCGUUUCCAAAUAUCAAUUUAAUUUUGGACAAAACGUCACAGUCACCGAAUUCAUGAAACAGUGGACAGAACAGUCCGGAUACCCAAUGAUUAAUGUAGUUAAAGUUAACGACGAGUUUAUAGUAACUCAAGAAAAGUGCCUAAUGGACACUCCCGAUAAGAUAACUGAUUCAACUAGAUGGUACAUAGGAAUCACUUAUACGACAGAGUCGAGUAAAAAUUUCGAAAACUUUACGUUGGCCACAUGGUGUAAGCCGAAUGUGGACAAAUGUGUUUUGUCGGCCCCAAAAAACUACGGGUGGUUUAUAUUCAAUCUACAGUCCACUGGGUUUUACAGGGUUAAUUACGAUAAUGAUAAUUGGUCAUCAUUGAUUAGACAAUUGAAAGAAACGCCAAAUGAAAUUCACGUACUCAAUCGUGCUCAGCUAAUUGACGAUUCUUUCUACUUAGCAAGAGCAGAUAAAUUACAUUAUUCAGUUCCAUUGAGAAUAUCAUCAUAUUUAAAAAUAGAAGAUGACGUGUUACCUUGGUAUUCUGUAAUUAACGGAUAUUCAUAUCUAAUAGAGCGUAUGAGGCGUAAUGAUACAGAAUAUACAGAUUUAAGGGAAUGCGUUAGUAAUUUGGCAGGUAUCAUUUAUAAAAAAAUCAAAGAUCAAGUAGUUGAGAAAAAAAACACAGAACAUAUAAUUCUCACCAGCUGGAAUACAUUUUCAGUAUGGGCAUGUCAAUUGAGUAAUGAGAUGUGCAUACAAUCGGCAUUUGAUUACUAUACAAGAUGGCAAAAUGGAGAAAAAAUACCCUCAGAUAUUAGAGACGCUGCAUUCUGUGUUGGUGUACAUAUAACAAAUACCACCACCUCGUGGGAACAAAUGUUUGAUUUGUAUAAAACAACAAGAUCACCCUCCGAAAAACAGUCAGCACAAACAGCAUUAGCAUGCACAGAGGACGAUACCCUUUUGUCUAGAUAUUUAAAUUAUAUUUUUGAGACUGAAGAUGGACCUAUUAGAAAACAAGAUUAUAAAGAUGUUUUUAAAGCAGUAUCCACCACGGCGAGAGGACUUGAUGUCUUAAUAGAUUUUUUGGUGCAAAAUUUAAAUGAAAUUAUAAACAAACUAACUGAUGGAGAGAACAUUGCAAUAUUUAUUUACUCAAUAUGUACAUCAAAAGCAGCUCUUGAUUCCGAAAUCAAUAAAUUAAAACAAUUAAAAGAUGAUCCAAAAACACCAGAAAACCUCAGGAAAGCAUUCAAUAAAUGUUACAAUCAAAUAGAAAUCGAUCUAUACUGGUAUGAUAAAUAUCAUGAAAUAGUAAAUCAAAACUCAGGUUGUUCCAGUGAAUAUACGACAACUGAUGAACCCAAGCAGUCAUCCACACCAAAAAAAGAGUCAACUACCCAAAUAUUCACACAAACUUCAACAGAAAUAACAAAAGAAGAAAAUACAACAUUAUCAGAACAAACAGAUACAACCACACAUAUAUACACUGAAACAAAACCUAGCGAAACAUCCGUAUCAGUAACAACAGAUUCAACAACACGCAGUUACACAGAAAAAGAACCUACAGGAACGACAUUAUCAGAAGGAACAGAAUCAACAACGCAAAUUUACACUGAAACGCAACCUAGCAAAACAACCGCAUCAGCUCUAACAGAUUCAACAACACAAAGUUACACUGAAACUCAACCGGGAGAAACAACAUCAUCAGGAAGCUCAGUUUCAACAACACAUAGUUACACUGAAACUCAACCUGGAGAAAGAACAUCAUCAGGAAGCUCAGAUUCAACAACACAGACAUACACUGAAACUCAAACCGGAGAAAAAACAUCACCAGGAAGCUCAGUUUCAACAACGCAUAGUUACACUGAAACUCAACCGGGAGAAACAACAUCAUCAGGAAGCUCAGCUUCAACAACAAGUAGUCACACUGAAACAGAAGCUGGUGAAACAACAUCGCCAGGAAGCUCAGUUUCAACAACGCAUAGUUACACUGAAACUCAAACCGGAGAAACAACAUCAUCAGGAAGCUCAGAUUCAACAACGCACAGUUACACUGAAACUCAACCGAAAGAAACAACAUCACCAGGAAGCUCAGUUUCAACAACACAGAGUUACACUGAAACUCAACCGGGAGAAACAACAUCAUCAGGAAGCUCAGAUUCAACAACACAGAGUUAUACUGAAACUCAACCUGGUGAAACAACAUCACCAGGAAGCUCAGAUUCAACAACAAGUAGUCACACUGAAACAGAAGCUGGUGAAACAACCGUAUCAGCACUAACAGAUUCAACAACACAGAGUUACACUGAAACUCAACCGGAAGAAACAACAUCACCAGGAAGCUCAGUUUCAACAACACAGAGUUACACUGAAACUCAACCGGGAGAAACAACAUCAUCAGGAAGCUCAGAUUCAACAACACAGAGUUAUACUGAAACUCAACCUGGUGAAAGAACAUCACCAGGAAGCUCAGAUUCAACAACAAGUAGUCACACUGAAACAGAAACUGGUGAAACAACCGUAUCAGCACUAACAGAUUCAACAACACAGAGUUACACUGAAACUCAACCGGAAGAAACAACAUCACCAGGAAGCUCAGUUUCAACAACACAGAGUUACACUGAAACUCAACCGGAAGAAACAACAUCAUCAGGAAGCUCAGAUUCAACAACAAGUAGUCACACUGAAACUCAAACUGAAGAAACAACAUUAUUCGAAAGAUCAGAAUCAACAACACAGAGAUAUACAGAAACUCAACCGGGAGAAACAACAUCACCAGGAAGCUCAGAUUCAACAACACAGAGUUACACUGAAACUCAACCUGGAGAAAGAACAUCAUCAGGAAGCUCAGAUUCAACAACACAGACAUACACUGAAACUCAAACCGGAGAAAAAGCAUCGCCAGGAAGCUCAGAUUCAACAACAAGUAGUCACACUGAAACAGAAGCUGGUGAAACAACAUCGCCAGGAAGCUCAGUUUCAACAACGCAUAGUUACACUGAAACUCAAACCGGAGAAACAACAUCAUCAGGAAGCUCAGAUUCAACAACGCACAGUUACACUGAAACUCAACCGGAAGAAACAACAUCAUCCGGAAGCUCAGAUUCAACAACACAGAGUUACACUGAAACUCAACCUGGAGAAACGACAGCAUUAGGAAGCUCAGAUUCAACAACAAGUAGUCACACUGAAACAGAAGCUGGUGAAAUAACCGUAUCAGCACUAACAGAUUCAACAACACAGAGUUACACUGAAACUCAACCGGAAGAAACAACAUCACCAGGAAGCUCAGUUUCAACAACACAGAGAUACACUGAAACUCAACCGGGAGAAACAACAUCAUCAGGAAGCUCAGAUUCAACAACACAGAGUUAUACUGAAACUCAACCUGGUGAAACAACAUCACCAGGAAGCUCAGAUUCAACAACAAGUAGUCACACUGAAACAGAAGCUGGUGAAACAACCGUAUCAGCACUAACAGAUUCAACAACACAGAGUUACACUGAAACUCAACCGGAAGAAACAACAUCACCAGGAAGCUCAGUUUCAACAACACAGAGUUACACUGAAACUCAACCGGGAGAAACAACAUCAUCAGGAAGCUCAGAUUCAACAACACAGAGUUAUACUGAAACUCAACCUGGUGAAACAACAUCACCAGGAAGCUCAGAUUCAACAACGCACAGUUACACUGAAACUCAACCGGAAGAAACAACAUCAUCCGGAAGCUCAGAUUCAACAACAAGAAGUCACACUGAAACAGAAGCUGGUGAAACAACAUCAUCAGGAAGCUCAGAUUCAACAACGCACAGUUACACUGAAACUCAACCGGAAGAAACAACAUCAUCCGGAAGCUCAGAUUCAACAACACAGAGUUACACUGAAACUCAACCGGGAGAAACAACAUCACCAGGAAGCUCAGAUUCAACAACACAGAGUUACACUGAAACUCAACCGGAAGAAACAACAUCACCAGGAAGCUCAGAUUCAACAACACAGAGUUACACUGAAACUCAACCUGGAGAAAGAACAUCAUCAGGAAGCUCAGAUUCAACAACACAGACAUACACUGAAACUCAAACCGGAGAAACAACAUCACCAGGAAGCUCAGUUUCAACAACACAGAGUUACACUGAAACUCAACCGGAAGAAACAACAUCAUCAGGAAGCUCAGAUUCAACAACAAGUAGUCACACUGAAACUCAAACUGAAGAAACAACAUUAUUCGAAAGAACAGAAUCAACAACACAGAGAUAUACAGAAACUCAACCGGGAGAAACAACAUCACCAGGAAGCUCAGAUUCAACAACACAGAGUUACACUGAAACUCAACCUGGAGAAAGAACAUCAUCAGGAAGCUCAGAUUCAACAACACAGACAUACACUGAAACUCAAACCGGAGAAAAAACAUCACCAGGAAGCUCAGUUUCAACAACGCAUAGUUACACUGAAACUCAACCGGGAGAAACAACAUCAUCAGGAAGCUCAGCUUCAACAACACAGACAUACACUGAAACUCAACCUGGAGAAAGAACAUCGCCAGGAAGCUCAGAUUCAACAACAAGUAGUCACACUGAAACAGAAGCUGGUGAAACAACAUCGCCAGGAAGCUCAGUUUCAACAACGCAUAGUUACACUGAAACUCAAACCGGAGAAACAACAUCAUCAGGAAGCUCAGAUUCAACAACGCACAGUUACACUGAAACUCAACCGGAAGAAACAACAUCAUCCGGAAGCUCAGAUUCAACAACACAGAGAUAUACUGAAACUCAACCUGGAGAAACGACAGCAUUAGGAAGCUCAGAUUCAACAACAAGUAGUCACACUGAAACAGAAGCUGGUGAAAUAACCGUAUCAGCACUAACAGAUUCAACAACACAGAGUUACACUGAAACUCAACCGGAAGAAACAACAUCACCAGGAAGCUCAGUUUCAACAACACAGAGAUACACUGAAACUCAACCGGGAGAAACAACAUCAUCAGGAAGCUCAGAUUCAACAACACAGAGUUAUACUGAAACUCAACCUGGUGAAACAACAUCACCAGGAAGCUCAGAUUCAACAACAAGUAGUCACACUGAAACAGAAGCUGGUGAAACAACCGUAUCAGCACUAACAGAUUCAACAACACAGAGUUACACUGAAACUCAACCGGAAGAAACAACAUCACCAGGAAGCUCAGUUUCAACAACACAGAGUUACACUGAAACUCAACCGGGAGAAACAACAUCAUCAGGAAGCUCAGAUUCAACAACACAGAGUUAUACUGAAACUCAACCUGGUGAAACAACAUCACCUGGAAGCUCAGAUUCAACAACGCACAGUUACACUGAAACUCAACCGGAAGAAACAACAUCAUCCGGAAGCUCAGAUUCAACAACAAGAAGUCACACUGAAACAGAAGCUGGUGAAACAACAUCAUCAGGAAGCUCAGAUUCAACAACGCACAGUUACACUGAAACUCAACCGGAAGAAACAACAUCAUCCGGAAGCUCAGAUUCAACAACACAGAGUUACACUGAAACUCAACCGGGAGAAACAACAUCACCAGGAAGCUCAGAUUCAACAACACAGAGUUACACUGAAACUCAACCGGAAGAAACAACAUCACCAGGAAGCUCAGAUUCAACAACACAGAGUUACACUGAAACUCAACCUGGAGAAAGAACAUCAUCAGGAAGCUCAGAUUCAACAACACAGACAUACACUGAAACUCAAACCGGAGAAACAACAUCACCAGGAAGCUCAGUUUCAACAACACAGAGUUACACUGAAACUCAACCGGAAGAAACAACAUCAUCAGGAAGCUCAGAUUCAACAACAAGUAGUCACACUGAAACUCAAACUGAAGAAACAACAUUAUUCGAAAGAACAGAAUCAACAACACAGAGAUAUACAGAAACUCAACCGGGAGAAACAACAUCACCAGGAAGCUCAGAUUCAACAACACAGAGUUACACUGAAACUCAACCUGGAGAAAGAACAUCACCAGGAAGCUCAGAUUCAACAACGCACAGUUACACUGAAACUCAACCGGAAGAAACAACAUCAUCCGGAAGCUCAGAUUCAACAACAAGUAGUCACACUGAAACAGAAGCUGGUGAAACAACAUCAUCAGGAAGCUCAGAUUCAACAACACAGACAUACACUGAAACUCAAACCGGAGAAACAACAUCACCAGGAAGCUCAGUUUCAACAACGCAUAGUUACACUGAAACUCAACCGGGAGAAACAACAUCAUCAGGAAGCUCAGCUUCAACAACACAGACAUACACUGAAACUCAACCUGGAGAAAGAACAUCGCCAGGAAGCUCAGAUUCAACAACAAGUAGUCACACUGAAACAGAAGCUGGUGAAACAACAUCGCCAGGAAGCUCAGUUUCAACAACGCAUAGUUACACUGAAACUCAAACCGGAGAAACAACAUCAUCAGGAAGCUCAGAUUCAACAACGCACAGUUACACUGAAACUCAACCGGAAGAAACAACAUCAUCCGGAAGCUCAGAUUCAACAACACAGAGUUACACUGAAACUCAACCUGGAGAAACGACAGCAUUAGGAAGCUCAGAUUCAACAACAAGUAGUCACACUGAAACAGAAGCUGGUGAAAUAACCGUAUCAGCACUAACAGAUUCAACAACACAGAGUUACACUGAAACUCAACCGGAAGAAACAACAUCAUCAGGAAGCUCAGAUUCAACAACACAGAGUUAUACUGAAACUCAUCCUGGUGAAACAACAUCACCAGGAAGCUCAGUUUCAACAACACAGAGAUACACUGAAACUCAACCGGGAGAAACAACAUCAUCAGGAAGCUCAGAUUCAACAACACAGAGUUAUACUGAAACUCAACCUGGUGAAACAACAUCACCAGGAAGCUCAGAUUCAACAACAAGUAGUCACACUGAAACAGAAGCUGGUGAAACAACCGUAUCAGCACUAACAGAUUCAACAACACAGAGUUACACUGAAACUCAACCGGAAGAAACAACAUCACCAGGAAGCUCAGUUUCAACAACACAGAGUUACACUGAAACUCAACCGGGAGAAACAACAUCAUCAGGAAGCUCAGAUUCAACAACACAGAGUUAUACUGAAACUCAACCUGGUGAAACAACAUCACCAGGAAGCUCAGUUUCAACAACACAGAGUUACACUGAAACUCAACCGGGAGAAACAACAUCAUCAGGAAGCUCAGCUUCAACAACACAGACAUACACUGAAACUCAACCUGGAGAAAGAACAUCGCCAGGAAGCUCAGAUUCAACAACAAGUAGUCACACUGAAACAGAAGCUGGUGAAACAACAUCGCCAGGAAGCUCAGUUUCAACAACGCAUAGUUACACUGAAACUCAAACCGGAGAAACAACAUCAUCAGGAAGCUCAGAUUCAACAACGCACAGUUACACUGAAACUCAACCGGAAGAAACAACAUCAUCCGGAAGCUCAGAUUCAACAACACAGAGUUACACUGAAACUCAACCUGGAGAAACGACAGCAUUAGGAAGCUCAGAUUCAACAACAAGUAGUCACACUGAAACAGAAGCUGGUGAAACAACAUCAUCAGGAAGCUCAGAUUCAACAACGCACAGUUACACUGAAACUCAACCGGAAGAAACAACAUCAUCCGGAAGCUCAGAUUCAACAACAAGUAGUCACACUGAAACAGAAGCUGGUGAAACAACAUCGCCAGGAAGCUCAGUUUCAACAACGCAUAGUUACACUGAAACUCAAACCGGAGAAACAACAUCAUCAGGAAGCUCAGAUUCAACAACGCACAGUUACACUGAAACUCAACCGGAAGAAACAACAUCACCAGGAAGCUCAGUUUCAACAACACAGAGUUACACUGAAACUCAACCGGGAGAAACAACAUCAUCAGGAAGCUCAGAUUCAACAACACAGAGUUAUACUGAAACUCAACCUGGUGAAACAACAUCACCAGGAAGCUCAGAUUCAACAACAAGUAGUCACACUGAAACAGAAGCUGGUGAAACAACCGUAUCAGCACUUACAGAUUCAACAACACAGAGUUACACUGAAACUCAACCGGAAGAAACAACAUCAUCAGGAAGCUCAGAUUCAACAACAAGUAGUCACACUGAAACUCAAACUGAAGAAACAACAUUAUUCGAAAGAACAGAAUCAACAACACAGAGAUAUACAGAAACUCAACCGGGAGAAACAACAUCACCAGGAAGCUCAGAUUCAACAACACAGAGUUACACUGAAACUCAACCAGGAGAAAGAACAUCAUCAGGAAGCUCAGAUUCAACAACACAGACAUACACUGAAACUCAAACCGGAGAAAAAACAUCACCAGGAAGCUCAGUUUCAACAACGCAUAGUUACACUGAAACUCAACCGGGAGAAACAACAUCAUCAGGAAGCUCAGCGUCAACAACACAGACAUACACUGAAACUCAACCUGGAGAAAGAACAUCGCCAGGAAGCUCAGAUUCAACAACAAGUAGUCACACUGAAACAGAAGCUGGUGAAACAACAUCGCCAGGAAGCUCAGUUUCAACAACGCAUAGUUACACUGAAACUCAAACCGGAGAAACAACAUCAUCAGGAAGCUCAAAUUCAACAACGCACAGUUACACUGAAACUCAACCGGAAGAAACAACAUCAUCCGGAAGCUCAGAUUCAACAACACAGAGUUACACUGAAACUCAACCUGGAGAAACGACAGCAUCAGGAAGCUCAGAUUCAACAACAAGUAGUCACACUGAAACAGAAGCUGGUGAAACAACCGUAUCAGCACUAACAGAUUCAACAACACAGAGUUACACUGAAACUCAACCGGAAGAAACAACAUCACCAGGAAGCUCAGUUUCAACAACACAGAGUUACACUGAAACUCAACCGGGAGAAACAACAUCAUCAGGAAGCUCAGAUUCAACAACACAGAGUUAUACUGAAACUCAACCUGGUGAAACAACAUCACCAGGAAGCUCAGAUUCAACAACAAGUAGUCACACUGAAACAGAAGCUGGUGAAACAACCGUAUCAGCACUAACAGAUUCAACAACACAGAGUUACACUGAAACUCAACCGGAAGAAACAACAUCACCAGGAAGCUCAGUUUCAACAACACAGAGUUACACUGAAACUCAACCGGGAGAAACAACAUCAUCAGGAAGCUCAGAUUCAACAACUCAGAGUUAUACUGAAACUCAACCUGGUGAAACAACAUCAUCAGGAAGCUCAGAUUCAACAACAAGUAGUCACACUGAAACAGAAGUUGGUGAAACAACUGUAUCUAAAUAUCCUGCAACAUCUAUUGAUCCAUCUACAGUUUCCUCUACACAGGAAACAACACUAUUGGAAGGAACUGAUUCAACCACAAUAAGUUACACUGAAUCUGAAAAAACUGAACCACCGAUAGAUACAACAUCACUAGAACCCACAUAUUCUACAACACAUAGUUUUACUAAUACAUCUUCAGUUGGAACAACGGCAUCUGAAUACUCUGAAACAACUGUUGAAAAAUCAACAGCAUCCUCUCCUUUAGAUACAACUUUAUCCAAAUGGACUGAUUCAACAACACAUGUGUACACAGAGUUAUCGUCUGCAGAAUCUACUGUGUCAGAUUACCCAUAUUCUACUACAGACCAUUCAACAGCCAAUUAUACUACUCCAGCCCCAUUCGAUAAACCUCCUCGUUUUAUGUUAAGUUUUUUCUUUUUUCUAUUCAUUUUUUUUAUUGUUGUGUUCAUAGUGAUUAUAUUUUUCUGGCGUAGGUCUUAUAACAACGUAUCGAUUAAGUCCACUUACAUUUCAUUGUAUCAUAUCUAGUAGUAAUAAAUAAGCGUUCCGGUUUAUUUUCUAUUGAUAUCUUAUUUAUGUUUACUUUCUACGCGUUAAUAAUCAAUUAUUUAUAUUUGGUUUUUUU